AUGUCUGGUGGCUGGGACGGCCCCGGCGAGUUCAGUAGGACUCUCGAACAAAGCCUCGACUUGUUUUUGUACCAAGAAGAGGGUCGAGAAAGGAAAGAAGCUGCGGUUGAUCCCGGAACGGAGGGCAAAAUCACCUCAGCCUUUUUUCUCCAAGCAACAACACAGGAACUCCCGUUCACCGUCUUCAACAGCGAGCAGCUGGUCAUUCUACCGGCAGAAGUGCCCCCAACAACCCACCGCAUAGGAGAACCAAUGGUUCAGUCAUACUACACGCCUGCGCGUGUUGCCUCUCCUGUGAAGGAGUCUUUCCACGAAUCAGCAUUUGCGGCUUUGAAUGGAGACAAGCAGCACAAGGUUGAAGACGUACAGGAGGCCUACAUCGAACAUAAGGACCGCCUGGUAUCCGCCAUCGGCUCCACGAAGUUGGUAUUAAGCGACAUUCGCGCAUUCAACAAGGAUGAAUGGCUCGUCCGUUAUCCCCAGCUUCGCGAGAAGGUCGAGGAACCUAGCGACACCGCUGAGGGCCCGUCGCGUCCCGGCAAGUCUGCACGCCGCUCACUUUCUUUCGUGGACGACCCUUCCUUCGAAACCGAAGUGGUUGUUGGUGGGUCCAAACCUGGACUCGCCCGGUCCAUCACCCUCGCGUCAAUCCCCGAUGUCAAUGAAGCAGAAGGCAACUCCACGAAGAAACUCAAGGACGACGAGCGCCUCAUCCCCGACUCUGAGUUCAACGUCCUCAGACUUGACCUCAAACUCGGGUCCCAUUCGUCAGCAAAUGCGGCGGCACUCGUCUCCCAGCUCGAAAAAGCGUCUAUCGCCAACCUUCUCGACGACAGGAUUGGCACAUCGAUCAACCAUAUGGAUAAGCUCCGCAUGCGGGUGGAAGACACAUCAUCCAAGGUCCUCGUCACCGGCGACCUUAAUGCCGGCAAAUCGACUUUCGUCAACGCCCUCCUCCGUCGGGAGGUCAUGCCUGUUGAUCAACAACCCUGCACGACCGCCUUCUGUGAGGUCCACGACGCUGCCGAGAAUGGCGGCCAGGAGGAGGUGCACGUCGUCCAGGACGGUGCUACUUACGAUAUCAAUGAUGAGUCAACCUUCACCAAAGCCGAGAUCUCGGAGCUCGAGGACAUCGUCGCCGAGAAUGAGGACACCCAGCGGAUGAUCAAGCUCUAUCUCGCCGAUACCCGUGCACCUUCGGAAUCGCUGCUCAAUAACGGAGUCGUCGAUAUCUCGCUCAUUGAUGCACCCGGACUUAACCGGGACAAUGCGAAGACCACGGCAGUAUUCGCACGGCAAGAAGAAAUUGACGUUGUCGUCUUCGUCGUCUCCGCAGAGAACCACUUCACACUUUCCGCCCGGGAGUUCCUCUCGACAGCCAGCAGGGAGAAGGCCUACCUCUUCAUCGUCGUCAACAAGUACGAACAGAUCAAGAAUAAGGAAAAGUGCCGACGCGUCGUCCUUGAUCAAAUCAAGGAACUCAGCCCAAGGACAUACGAAGACGCUGCAGAUCUCGUUCACUUCGUGGAUUCUGCGUCUGCUCUUCAACCAUACAGUGCCAGCCCGUCUUUCGACGACCUGGAACAAUCAUUGCGAUCGUUCGUCCUCGUCAAGCGCUCCAAGUCCAAGCUGCAACCCGUUUCCACCUAUCUCUCCAACCUUCUAGCCGACAUCGAGCUCCUGGCUGGUGCCAACGCUAUCGUCGCUGACUCUGAGCUCCAGCAAGCGAGGGAUGAACUCGACCUGGCACGCCCUGCUCUCGAGAAGAUGAAGCGGAGUCGCGAUGUGCUCGAGGAGGCUCUUGAAAACGUCGAAGAAUCCGGGGCAGGAGAAGCUUCCUCACGAACGAAGAAGACCCUCAACAAUGCUCUCGAGCUAGUCGGCCAAGGCCAUCUUGGUGUCGAGAAGCCUCUUGUCAGCAUGCCCUCCUAUCCUGGCCUCUUGGGCAUCUGGGACUACGCCCGAGAAGUCCGCAGGGCGUUGCUUGCGAGCUUGGAUGCUGCUGUUGCUUUGGCAGAGGAUGAGGCUCGCCUCAUCACUGUUAAUGGGGUGCAGAAGGUCAAGGAUCUCGGCGAGACACAUCUUCCGGCGGGUGUCGAGCGUUGCCGAAGGGUAUUCAUGCCUGAGGCAAUGUUUAGUACCAUGAGGAGGACCGGCAAGGGCAUGAAGAGGCGUUCCUCGUCGUCCUACACCAACAUCGGUGGCGCCAUCGUAGCUGGUGGUCUGCACGGUCUCGGUAUUGGUCUCGCUCAACGGCAUGACAUGCUCGAGACGACUUUCUUCGACCUCUUCGACGUCAACCACCAAUUCUUCGUGCACUUCACCGAUGGCAAGCAAUCAGAGGAUGAGUCAUCGACGCCCACCGCCCUCGGUCUCGUCAGUGUCGGAAUUGGUGCACUCACGAUGGUCGGUGGACAGGCCAUCGGGAUUCGCGGCGUCCUCGAAGGUGUCGUCCGCGUCACGGACCUCGUCGGCAAUGAAACGGCCCGCAAGUGGGCGGCCCCCGUUAUUGGUGCUCUUACCAUCGGCUUGUCAGCGUACCUCAUCCUCGAGCUGCCCAGCUCUAUUCCCCGCACGGUUGGAAGGAGAGUCAAGGCCUCCGUCCUGGCGCGGGCUGAUGAACGUGAUGUGCAUUUCGUUGACGCACACGCUGGGCGAAUCAGUCGCGAGACGAGGAAGGUGCUCAGGCUGGCGUCUUGGGAUCUCAAGGAGAGGUUCCGCGGUGCUAUGGAGGAGAGGUCGAGGGAGGUUAAGGGUGCAGAGGAGAUGGAGAAGAAGGCACUGAGAGCUAAGGAGUGGUUCACAGGCGUUGGCGAAAAGACCGCGACCAUCCGGCAGGACGCCAAACUGGAGACCAUCGGUGUCUAA